AUGGUUGUGAACUUGGAUAAUGGUGAUGGUGGUGGUUCUAGUGUUGCGGAAGAUGAUCUAGGAUCCCUUAACUUGGAACGAGCUAACCAAAGCCCUAUUGCUCUGUUUCGGCCCAACAACUAUGAGGAUCCCUUGGAAGCUUUGACCCAUCUCAAACAAACUUCAACAAUUGCUAUCUAUCAAGAAGCCUUCAAGAUGCUCUCACAUCAGGUGGCAUACUUGGGACAUCUUAUUUCCUUUGUAGGAGUGGCCGUCGAUCUAGAAAAGAUUAAUUCAGUUCUCAAAUGCCCUACCCUCACUUCGACUAGAGGGGUUCGCGACUUUCUUGGCUUAGUUAGAUACUACCAAAAAUUUAACAGUGGUUUUGGGGAAAUUGCUGCGCCUCUCACUCGAUUAUUGUCCAAAGAUGGGUUCCAAUGGACUUCUGAGGCUGCCACUUCAGUCCUCUAA